AAGUAACCUUCAAAUCAGAACAUUUUUUUUUUUAAUUUAAAACCCGGAACCAAACACAAACAAAGAGAGAGAUAGAAAGAGUCACAAGUUCACAAAUUCGUUCUACAGUUGUAGUCUCACCGGUUUCUGCUGCUUGUUUAAUUGUCUUAUCUUCUCUGAAUCUCUAUAAAUUAGCUUUCAAGUGAUGGCUGAUGUUGCUGAAGAUGGUAGUGACAUUGAGAAGCUUUACGAGUACGGUGAACGUCUUAAUGAAUCUAAAGACAAGUCUCAGAACGAGGCAGAUUACAUUGGUAUAAUUGAUGCGGCAAAAGGGAGUGUAAAGGCGAAACAGUUAGCAGCUCAACUAAUUCCAAGGUUCUUUAAGUUCUUCCCAACUCUAUCCAGUAAAGCUGUAGAUGCUCACUUUGACUUGUGCGAAGAAGAUGAGCUUAAGAUCCGAGUACAAGCAAUUCGUGGACUUCCCCUUCUUUGCAAGGAUACACCAGAAUAUGUGGCUAAAAUUGUGGAUGUUCUUGGGCAACUUCUUCUAACUGAAGAAAAUGUGGAGCGUGAUGCGGUGCAUAAAGCUCUUAUGUCAUUGCUGCGUCAGGACGCAAAAGCUUCCUUGACAGCCUUGUUUAAGCAUAUUGAGAACACCGAAGAACCGAUUCCCGACGACAGUAUUCGUGAGAAAGUUUUAAACUUUAUCAAGGAUAAGGUGUUUCCUCUGAAGGGUGAACUCUUGAUGCCUCGAGAGGAAAUGGAAAGGCACAUAACUGAUUUGGUGAAAAAGAGUUUGCAAGAUGUAACUGGGGCAGAGUUCAAAAUGUUUAUGGACUUUUUGAAAAGCUUGAGCAUAUUUGGAGAAGGGACUCCCCCAGAGCGCGUGAAAGAGCUGAUUGAAAUCGUUGAAGGACAAGCUGAUCUUGAUGCACAGUUCGCUGUUACAGAUGUGGACCAUAUUGACAGACUGAUAUCAUGCCUACACAUUGCUCUUCCAUUUUUUAUGAGGGGUGCACCAAACAGCAAAUUUGUUAAUUAUUUGAACAAGAACAUCCUACCGGUUUUUGACAAGUUGCCGGAGGAAAGAAAACUAGAUUUGUUCAAGAACCUUGCUGAAAUUUCUCCCUACACAUCUCCUCAAGAUUCACGGCAGCUCCUUCCUUCUGUUGUUCAGCUUAUGAAGAUAUACAUGCCUCGCAGAAAGACUGGAGAGGAUAUGGACUUUUCUUGUGUAGAAUGCUUAUUAUACACCUUUCACCACUUGUCCCACAAGACUCCUAAUGCUACCAAUAGUCUCUGUGGCUACACGAUAGUGACAGGUCAACCAUCAGACAGGCUUGGGGAAGAUUUUUCUGAGAAUUUUAAAGAUUUUACUGAGAGAUUGACUAAUUUGGAGGAGCUAGCUAAGAAUUCAAUGAAGAAAUUGACUCAGGGGUUGGCAGAACUCACCAAGACGAUGAAUGCCGCUAAAACUGAAGAGAACGCUAGCUUUAAAGCAAAGCAGCAGAAUUCUACCUCCGGACUGCGAACCUGCAACAAUAUUCUCUUAAUGACAAAGCCAUUGCACUUAAAAGCACCUUCGUUUAUUGGUGAUAAGAAAAAGAUCAAUCUAUCAUGGAAAGAGACGGUUAAAUCUACACCUCCUCCAACAACGGCUGCCACAGGUGUUAAAAGAGGUUCUACUGCUGUUAACGGAAAUGAUCCUGCACACAAAAAGGGGCGAGGUGAGGGAGGUUUGAGGAGCAACAACAACAACAACCAACUUGUAAACCGGGCCUUCCAAGGCUUGCCGCGUGGUGGUGGUAGUGGUGAUGGUGGAGGUAGAGGUAGAGGUAGAGGAAGUGGAAGAGGCAGGGGUUGGGGUGGCCGGGGAAGAGGAAGGGGUUAUUAUUAGCCAAUUUCUCUGUGACUUCUCGGUUAGGUGUACUCAUACGUGGAUAAUAUCAUUCGGAAGUCUUAGGGUCCCAUCUUCCAUACGGGUGAACUACUACUGAUACUGGCACUCUGCAAUAUUAUAAAUUUUCAGAGAAUUAGAGAGGCCAGUCACGGAUUCACUUCAAACUUAGAUAGCUUGUUUGGUUUAAUAUUCUUCCCAAAUUUGUUGAAACUCUGGGAGCUGCAGAGAAUAUGAGAUUCAUUCCGUUUUUGUUUGUUGAGCUCCCAUCUAAUCUUAUGUAAAAAUUAAGACUAGUUUUAUGCGUGUUCCUUACUAAUAUUUUAAUGCGUCAACUCUUUUAUGAAUUUCUUGAGAAAAAUAUUUUUAUCUGAACCA